AGGAGGCAUAUAAUCAGAAGCCACCUAGUAUUCGUAUUUUGAAGAAUUUUUAUUUUGGCUCAAACACAGAAAAGAGGAUUAGUUAGAGUGCAGAGCAAUUCAAUCUUUCAUUGAGAUAUUAGGAGAGAUUUUCAUCGCAGAUCAACGCCGACAUGGAGUCCAAACACCAGCCAUGUAACUCGGUACCAACCAUUACUUUCUCAGAAGAGAUGCGUCAGACAGGGAUCUGUCCUCCAAGUCACAUCGCAGAGGCCCUCGGGCACCUACACCAUUCAGGUAUUGUCGUUCUUGAUAAUGUAGUAGAUGUAGGGCAUCUAGAUGCCUUAAACGCCAUGCUUGUUCCAGAAGCCAUCAACUUGAGCAAGACGUCAGAGCAGCGCUUCAACUUCGGUGUCCAUACAGGCAACAUUAGUCAAGCUCCUCCUCUCGACGAGGCCUUCAUGUUUUCAGACGUGUGGGCCAACCCGUUUGCCUUACGUGUAUUAGCUGCUAUUUUAGGACCUACACCAGUACUACACUUUGCAAGCGGAAAUACAGCAUUGCCGGCCACGUCACGACAGCCUGUGCAUUCUGAUAUCGACUUUCCACAUCCGAAUUUUCCGUUCUCGUUCGUUGUUAACAUACCUCUCGUCGACGUGACGGAAGAUAACGGGGCUACUGAAGUCUGGACAGGUUCACACACUACAACUUCCUUCAGCGACCAGGUCCUAACCCUCGAUCAAAAAGAUGGUCUACCCAUCCAUGCAAUCCUCCCAGAACUCGUGGCACAACGUCAAGAUAUUUCACCGCCGGCUCGAGCCUGCACACGGAAGGGGAGCAUCAUAAUUAGGGACUUACGCCUUUGGCACGCUGGACUGCCCAAUCUAACCUCUUCUGCUCGCGUCAUGCUAGCCUUUGUUUGGCAAGCAAGUUGGUGGUGUGGGAGAGGAUCUGUAAGGUUACCUGCAGCGACCCAAACAGUAACAAAAGCCUGGCAGCAAGGCAGAGUCGCGUUUCGUAUCUCGGCGGAAUGGGUUGAUGGAAAACUAAUUCCGCAGGCGAAUGGGAGUCAAGACACUAGUUUAGCGAGCUCGGACGCUACAUUACUAGAGAUGUUCUCAAGGUCAGAUUAUUGUUCUCACUUGGUUUAGUUACCCCUAACACAAAGGAUUUGAAGAAAAUUAUUCAAAUUGCGGUAACUCCGGAAAUUUUCUGUUCUACAACAUUGAUAGAAUGAUUGGAUAGGAGCACACUCCGUAUUACCUAUGUUACAUUUUAAAUACCGGGUAGAUAGGUAUAUUAGAGCCUCAAAAGAGUACGUCGGGGAAGCUAAGAUGCCGUUUGUUGUUGUAGGAAAUCAAAGGUCUGAGCGUAAUGAUACUACCCUACAUCACUGGAACUUUCCAUCUCACGGGUCGGAAUGAUAAGUAGAUUUCCGCGGCUCCUAUGCUUACCUAGAUGUAAGAGGUGCAAUACUGUGCCUUAAGUGAAACGUACACACGUGUCCCUUCUCUUGAAAUAUUAACGACGUCAUUUUGUGACCUUAAGCUUUUCCA